AUGAUGAUAACAGAAAGAGGGUCAACAACAUCGAUGUUAGCAACCAGAAAAUCAUCAACACCAGAAUCAGGAUCAACAACAGCAAAAAAUCCAUCAACAACAACAACAACAACAGAAGAAGCAGUCGUAUAUUUGAAUGGAAAUUACAGUUUCUGGCCAAUGGAGAACAAUGCUGUUGAUAUCAUAUCAGGUCUUUAUGGAGAAGGUGCCAACUCACCUACUUAUGUAACACCUGGCAUCACCGGUAGUGGAUAUGCUUUGAAGCUCAUCCGUACUAGUAAGCAGUACAUAAAAAUACCAAGCAUAAAAAGCUUCGCUGGUGUUAGUUUUACAGUGGAAAUGUGGAUUUAUCCUACGACUCUAAUCAAUGGUGAUCACUUUUUUGGACUCUUUACUCAAUAUACCAGGUCAUCAAAAGACUACUCAUUACAGAUGAUGAUUCGAGGUUUAAAGCUGUCCCUAGACUUUUACGGUGGUGGAAUUGAUGGUGCAACUUCACUGACAACGAAUACUUGGUAUCACGCAGCUUUUGUCUACGAUUAUCCAUCAAAAACACAAACUGUUUAUUUAAAUGGAUACCAAGAUGGCAGUCAUAGUUCAGCAGGGCCAUAUUUAGGCACGGGUAGUUCGAUAAAUAUUGGAAUGCACCAGGAUGGUACUAGCUAUGAUUACUUUGAUGGUUACAUCGACCAAGUGUCACUCACUAUGGCAGUUAACAGUGCUGACGACAUUCUUGACGAUGCUACUUUGGCCUCAUGGUAUUCAUUUGAUUAUGAAAUUACUUAUGAUUCAGGUCCAAAUAAACUCCAAGGAAAGGCUGUUGAUCUCACAUUAGCAUCUGGUAAAGUGGAUCAAGGAUUAAACUUCAGCUUGAAUUCAUCUUUUUAUCAGAUACCCGGAUAUGUUCUUCUUGGAGUCAAAAGCAGUUCAUUUUCUAUGUCUCUAUGGGUACAACGAACAUCGACAGGUGGAGGAACUCUUGUUCAUUACUCGACACAAACAGAUGGACAAGGAUGGUGUAUUGUUCCAAUAGGAUUUUCAUCUGCUGGUAAUAUAAUUGCUACUGCUUGGGCGCCAGACAACCAGGUAACAGGUCCUGUUUUAUCGGUCAACACGUGGACGCAUGUUGCCACUACUUAUUCACAAACAGAUGGGCUUACAUUAUAUGUUAAUGGAGUAUAUGUAGGUAGUACAGCUCCACAGUCCAACGAUGCACCAGGUACAUCGGUUAUUCUGACAUUGGGCAACUCACUAGGUGGUGGCAGAUGUAAUUCAAAGUCAAUUGUAACAGGCACAUUUUCUGGCUAUAUAGAUGAGUUUCGUGUCUACUCACGAGAACUCAGUGCCAGAGAAGUGUCUGCACUUACUAAAGAUAAAACCUGCAUUGAUGGAAUUAUGAAUGAAAAUGAAACUGACAUCGAUUGUGGAGGUUCAUGUCUUACAUGCGCUGUGGGUAAAAAUUGCACAUUGACAAAAGACUGUAAUAAUGUUCAGUGUGUCAACGACAUCUGUGCAAGUGCAACAUGUAACGAUACCAUAACGAACAAUGGAGAGACAGAUGUCGACUGUGGAGGUUCGAACUGUUCACCGUGUGGUACUGGAAAAGCAUGUUCUGGUGCUGGUGACUGUGCCAUUAAAAGCUGUGUUUCUAGCACUUGUAAAAAUAAAACCUGCAGUGAUGGAAUUAUGAAUGGAGAUGAAACGGACAUCGAUUGUGGUGGACUCGUUUGUCCUACAUGUGCUUUAUACCAGAUGUGUAAAGUCGAUCAGGAUUGUAGCACUGGCAGUAGUAAUAUUUCAUGCAUAGAUGGCUAUUGCCAGCGUGCAUCCUGCAAUUCAUCAUGGAGUACAACAGGCAUCACGCUAUUCUCCUCAUCAACAAGAUUAACAUGCACACGUAUGUUCAUUGAUUCCAAUGACACUUUGUAUGGUGCUGAUAAAGACAGGCACUAUAUCUGGAAGUUAUCAAAAAAUGCCGAAAAUGCAAUAAUUGUCGCUGGAGUUUAUGAAUCAGCAGGAUCUGAUAGUGCUAAACUACACUAUCCCGAAGAUGUUUAUGUUGAUCGAUAUGGAAGUAUAUAUGUGGUCGAUACUAACAAUCAGCGUAUACAAAAAUUCAUUAACGGAACAACACAUGGAAUAACGAUUGCGGGUCAGACUGGAUUAGGUGGAUGUUCUUUAAACCGGUUAUAUUAUCCUCGAGGUUUUGCUUUUGAUCCAACAGAUACAUUUAUGUAUAUUGCUGAUCGUAGCUGUCAUCGAGUAGUACGUUUUUCGACGAAUUCAAUUUCAGGUACUGAUGGAAUUGUUGUAGCUGGAACAGGAAGAUCUGACAAUACAAUCGAAACAUUGAAUGGACCAUAUAAUAUUCGGUAUUUAUCAUCGAUAAAUAAUGAUUUACUUAUCGUAAACUGGGACGGACAUUCAGUAAUACGCUGGACUCUUGAUGCUACCUCAGGUACGUUUGUAGCCGGUCUGCCAGGUAUAUCGUGUUCUAACUCUGUUUGCCUUUUCGAACCGGCGGAUGUUAGAAUUGAUGCUAAUCUGAAUAUGUAUGUUGUUGACGAGAAGAACCAUCGAGUUCAAAUGUUUUGUGAAAAUAGUCAUGUAGGUGUGACUAUUUUUGGAAAUGGUGUCGCUGGUGAUAGUUCAACACAGUUAAACAGUCCACGUGGUAUUACAUUUGAUUCGGCAAUGAAUAUGUAUGUUUGUGAUACAGGUAACAAGCGUGUUCAGAAGUUUCUCAAACUUUGA